AUGGCCGAAGACGAAGACGUGAGACGAGAAGAUACAAGUCAGGCAUCCUACCACAGCCGAGGUCCUGCAAUGGUGACGGCCACCACCAACACCAACGACACUCCCCGUCCUGAUCUCGACUCUCGCACCCUUCCCUUGAGACCCAAAGAGGGCGGCAAGUCGCACGGCAGAAGUGCUGCUGUCGAAGAUGACCAUGACCCCGACCACGCCUCUACCAGGGCCGAGACCGAGACAGUUAUCACCGGGACGGAGAACGGAAACCAGAUUGAAAAUGCAGAGGACUACGACUACGGAGAAGUCACCGACCUGCCCCCACUCCAACCCAAAAAGAAGAAGAAGAGGGCGAAGAGAAAGCCUCAGAGCCAACGUGGACUGGGCAAACCCACUGGGUUCGAGGAUUUCUUCGCCGACACGCCCAUGACUCCCGUCCAACAUGCUGAAGAGCAGCAACUCUAUGAUGCAGACCUCCCCUUCGUCACCCGCAUCCUCACGGCGAUUGGUCGGUUCGAACGAACCCGAAAAAUGACCAAUGAACGCCGCGACGUGCUGUACAAGUACCUGAUCUACGGCGGCGUCGAGGUCGGGCCCAACAAUUUCCAAGGCGGCCAGAACACCGAGGACAUGGACAAGACGCAAGCGUCCGCGACGUUGACCCAGGCGUCGGUGACGGACGACAAGCUCAACCUGGGCACGGAAACGAGCCUGUACGAAGUCGACUUUCUGGGCUGCAUGAAGGGCUUUCUCAGUCGCCGUGCAAAGUACCUGUAUGGCUUGGAGACGCGCGACCAAGUCAGCAUGCUGACCACCACGCUCGAGCGGUUUAUGGACUAUCUGCUGCAGCACGACGUGUGUCCCGAGUACCGGGACGACGUACUGGCCACGCGCAACCUGUGCCGCGAAGUGCCAACCGAGUUGUGGAACGUGGCCGAAGCAACGCGUCGUCUACCAGGCGACUUCAACAUUGCGUGCUCGACCUUGUUCGGAGGAAGCUACGCACGAAACUACGACGGCGAGACAUGGUGGGGCCCCGAGACCACCACAGAAGACCAAGUAUUUGUUGGCAUGAAACCCGACGAGGCCUCUCAGAUCAUCCACUUUGGCGUCGCAGGCGCCGCCUCCGAGGACGUGUUUGCUGCCUAUCUCGCCGGUCUGAAAGGCGGUCCAGCGUUGGAAGUUCAGUGGGUGAAAGAGCACGUGGGCUUUGAGAUCACCAAGAUCAUCCCUCCGACGGCCGAGUGCAAGAAAAUAUAUGUUCAGAACUCGCAGCAUUUCCGGCCGGUGGGACGGGUGUACGCCAAACCAUGGAAGAACCCCGACUCCCUGCCCGAAGAUCUGACACCAGCCGAGCGGGCAUCUCUGGCCGAAAACAAGCAGCAAGAGAACGAUGGCGCUGCAGACGAGGAAGAAUACGUCUUCUUGAUCGAAUCGAUUCUGCAAUCCUACCUCCGCGUCGGCACGCGCCUCGAAGCCACCGUGCGCAAGCUGCACAGCGGCAUCAUGUUCUUCGACGAGCUGAUCGAUGUCUUCCCCACCUUCGACCAGUUUCUGUACAACGAGCUGAUGGCGGGCUGGAAGACGCCGAGGCCUGUUAGAGGCGCCUUUGACUACGUCGAGGGAGACUACGAGGACGAGUUUGACGGCGAGGACAAGAGUGGUGAAGAAGGCGAAGACGGCGGUGGAGGAAAGGAAAAGGACAAGGAAAAGGACAAGGGAAGGGGAACGGUCAAGGGGGGAGGGGAGGGAGGAGGGGAACAAUAA